AUGCGGUUGCUUCUCCCGUUGCUUCUCCUGGCUAUUGGAGUUUACGGUUUAGAUAAUGGUCUUGGAAGAACUCCACCAAUGGGAUGGAUGUCGUGGACUGCUUUUUACUGUGAGAUUGAUUGUCAGAAGCAUCCGACAGGUUGUAUUAAUGAGCAAUUGUAUAAGGACAUGGCCGAUGAACUUGUCGCCGGAGGUUAUGACAAACUGGGAUAUAAAUCGGUUCAUAUUGAUGAUUGCUGGUCUGAAAUGGAGAGAGAUGCCAAUGGAAUUCUGGUUGCCAACAAGACAAGAUUCCCGAGCGGAAUGAAAGCUUUGGCAAAAUAUAUGCAUGAUCGUGGACUCAAAUUCGGAAUCUAUGAAGACUAUGGAACAAAGACAUGUGGUGGAUAUCCAGGAAGCUAUCAACACGAAAGAACUGAUGCUCAAACGUUUGCUGCAUGGGAUGUAGACUAUCUGAAACUUGAUGGAUGUAACAUUGACCAAGCUUUGAUGCCGAUUGGAUAUCCACUCUUCGAGAAAGAAUUGAAUGAUACUGGAAGACCGAUAAUGUAUUCGUGCAGUUGGCCAGCUUACUUGAUUGAUCAUCCAGAACUCGUGGAUUACAACUUGAUUGGAAAAUACUGCAACACUUGGCGUAAUUUCGACGACAUCAAUUCUUCAUGGAAAUCUAUUGUGUCCAUCAUUUCAUAUUACGACAAAAUGCAGGAUAAACACAUUCCAACUCAUGGACCAGGAAAAUGGCAUGACCCAGAUAUGCUUGUAAUUGGAAACAAGGGUAUUACAGUGGAUAUGUCCAUCUCCCAAAUGACAGUAUGGUGCAUUUGGUCAGCUCCACUUAUCAUGUCAAAUGAUUUGCGUAUCAUUGGAGACGAAUUCAAGGCGAUUCUUCAAAACCAAGAGGCAAUCCGAAUCAAUCAAGAUCCACUUGGAAUUAUGGGACGAUUGGUGCUAAAUAGAACUGACAUUGGAACAUAUGUGAAGCAAAUCAGCCCAUCAAAAGGAGACAAGAAGUCAUACGCAUUCGCUCUUCUGAACAGAAAUGAGAAGAAGGGAUAUCAGAAUGUUGAAAUCCAACUCUCCACUCUUGGUCUCACUGAUCCUUCUGGAUACUUUGUCCACGACAUCUGGUCCCAUGUGGAUCUGGGACUUCUUCGUCCAGGAGACAGCAUCAACGUGAAUAUUGCACCAGCAGGAAGUAGUUUCUUCCGUGCUGACGUGGCUUCUCUUCAUCGACCAAUGGUAAGAAGACAUUAUAAAUUGGACAAUUCCAAUGUUUUUUACGAGUUUGAAAAGUCACAGGCUCAAUACGAGCGUCCUGAUCUCUCUGAUUAUUUGAAAACUAACAGAGUUCCAUUUUAA